GGAGAGAUCGAAGAGUACAAGGCGAGAACAGCCGAGUAUAUUCGCUUGGGAGAUUUCGGGAUAAGUCUCACCGUCAUAUCUGCUCAGGACACGAUACAAUGCGUUUCAUCCAUCAAUCGAGUGUUGCGCAACUUGGCCGCACGAAAAGAGCAACAAGCCAUGCAAACUGACUUCUACGAUCGUCUUCGUUUCGUCGAUCCAAAUCUAGCGUAUUCUGGUCAGUGGUAUAAUCAGUGGACAACGAUGCCUAUGCCAGGUGUCGGGUUGACACCAUUCUCAUCGAUUCCACACCAGGCGCCUAUAGAAACGAAAAAGGAUCCAGGUUUGUACCAAUUCAGUAGAACCGUUUCAUGCCCACAGUAA